AGGUAGGCGGAAGAUGAAGCCAGUUUGUCCGCAGGUGAGCGGCGGUAGAGGAACCCAGACAAGACAACGACCCACCAAAAGUGGAGUGUCAAAACAAAAAAACAGCAGAAUGACUUUAACACAACUUGUACACUAAUAUGAUCUAGGGGGACAUACCACCAUGGUAAAUUCAGGAAUAUGCUGUGCCAGCCUUAAGGACAACCAUGCCCUGAUGAAGAUGGGGCUGGGGCUGGUGCUGGUGGGCCAUGUCAACUUUCUUCUCGGAGCACUGGUGCACGGCGCUGUGCUCAGGCAAGUCAGCGUGCACUCUCAGGCCCGGAACAUGGUGUACGCCAUCUCUAAUAUCAUUGCUAUUGUGGCAGGCUUGGUGGGAAUUAUUAGUGGAAUAACUGCCAUUGUCCUGUCCAAAAACAAGAGAAACAGGAUCCUGCAGUGGGUCUUGUUGGUCAUCAGCUUCCUGGCAGGUCUCUUGGCGCUUGCCUCCACCACGGGCUUGUCAGUUUCUAUGGUGAAUGCCAUUAUUAACAAUGGACAGGGCCUGCUAACACACUGUUUGAAUUCUGAUCUUAAUGUCAGCUCUUUCAGCAUCACAUACGAAUGCCCCUUUGACCCCACCCGCAUCUAUGGGACCAUGUUCAUUCUGUGGGUGCCGCUCAUCGUAAUGUCCGUGGUGGAAACGGUGUUCUCUUUCCGCUGCUUUGCUGUCUGUACUUCAUUCCUCUACCUCUGUCCGUGCAGGAGGAGGCCGACCCAGACCAGGAGGGUGCGUAUCCAGAGACCUGAUGAAACUCCAUCAUUGCCUCCAGCACGAGAUCCAGAGUGUGACGCUGAGCCCGUAGAACAGGAUGAACUGCUGGGUGACACUGCGGUGGAGCAGAGUGCCUGGCUCUGACCCAGCUAAACCUAACGAGAUAGGUUGCAAACUGCUUGACUGGAUAAAACACGUCAUCUGGAAGUUGUAUUAAGUGUGUCUGUUACAUAUUAAAUAUUUGAAGACGAGUCAGCGAAAGCAAUCUCUCUGAUAAAAUACUGCCAUUAGUUUUAAACAGGUCUUGUUUGUGUGUACUGCGUAUGGUCUUAAAAUACAGAGCAACUGUAUCUUCACAUUAAAAUUAUUUUUUAUGUAGUUUUGUCAAUCAUUUCAUCAAACCAGACGUAGCAAUAUUAUUAACCAUCUUAUUUUGAUAAACUUCACAGAACUACAACUUUUUUGGGGCAUUUUUUUAUUGUUAAAAGUGUGGUCAACGCACACUGGAGGUCUGACAGAUUUAAAUGACACUUUUACUCAUGUUUUCAGAAUACAAAUAUAUACAACAAA